GUUCAAAAAGCAACUGUGGAGAGCAUGAUGUUGACCAUGGCUGAUGAUGAGAUCCUCGCUCAAGCUGCGACUACCACCUUCAUAGGUGGAAAAGGCCUGUUAGGACCUGUAAUCAGCAUACUGGGAUUUCAGAUGCAUGGGGAUGUGACUCUGAAGAUUGGUGUUUCCACAAACGCCACCCAAUGUGUCAGCCUGCAAGUCCAGGACACGGUCAUCAAGACUACAAAAGUGGACCUUCAGUUGGUGGAGAUGGUCACAGAUAUUGUGCCUCUCCCUCUUCCUCUGCCCUUGGAUGAUGUCAUUUCUCAACUGCUGACAGUUGCCUUGAAGGAGAAGACCAAAGAAUCAACAUCAUGUGACAUUGAUCUCAGUGAUUUCAGCGAAUGCAACAACUAGAGACCUUCAGGCAGCAAACUAAACCCAGCACGUGGGCUACCAAAGCAUUUCC